AUGGAUUCAAAACACCACGUGUACCCUUCCUUCAAUGACUUGCCGUUGAAGAAAGAUGGCCCUCCCGGUAACGCUUGGGGCCUUUGGGGUCCUGACGAUCAGAUCGGGUCUUUGAAUCAUCUUACGGACUCAGUAGUGGCGAGGGCAGCCAAAGAAGAGGUUAAAACCGGAAUCCGGGUAUCAUUGAAUUGGGCUCUGAAUGCUUCCUCAUAUCCCCACUUGACGCGCAAAACUCUAGAGCUCAAACUGAUCAAUAAGGCACCUCUCAAAAUUGCUCAUGACGAUGAGUGGUCGUUCAACCCACAGUGCAGCUCACAGUGGGAUGGGUUUCGACACUAUGCCUACCAAAACGAAGAGCUAUAUUACAUGGGUCGAACGGCAAAGGAGUUCGAAGCGUCCACAAUCCCGAACGGAGUUCAACACAUUGCAGAACGAGGUAUCGCUGGACGUGGCAUACUUCUCGACUGGUACAAAUGGUACCAAGACAAAGGCCAGACUGUGGAUGCCAUGAGUCCUCAUCCCGUACCGUUUGACCAGCUUGUUAAGGUACUGAGGUAUCAAGGACUAUGCGAGGAUGACAUUAGACCUGGUGAUAUUCUUAUAAUUCGCUUCGGCUAUAUCAGUCAAUACGAAGGUAUGAGCGAAGACAAACGAGCGCGACUUGAUGCGCUGUACAGGAAGCAGAAGCCCGAAAACAUCGGGGUGGAGCCUUCCGAAGAACUUUUGAGGUUUUUCUGGGAUAAGAAGGUUAGCGCCGUUGCAGGCGAUACGCGAUCGUUGGAAGUUUGGCCUUGCACACAGACCCAAUGGCAUCUUCAUGAGUGGUUGCUUGCUGGGUGGGGAAUGCCUAUUGGAGAACUUUUCGACUUGGAAAAGUUGAGUAAAACCUGCCGUGAAGCGAAUAGGUAUAGUUUCUUUUUUACAAGCGCUCCUAUGAAUGCUCCCGGCGCUGUUGCCAGCCAUCCGAACGCUUUUGCAUUUUUCUGA